AUGCCAGCUCCCGCUGGCGUCCAGCACGACGGUGGUGCUCCCAUUAUCGACGGGCUCACUGACCGAGUCACAAACGGCAUCACCAAUGGAAUCACUAAUGAAUUCACCAAUGGAAUCACAAAUGGAAUCACCAAUGGCUUACCCACUACGAACGGAACCAGCAGCCCGAGCGCCUUGGAGCAUUCCGUCACCGAUGCUUUUCAUGCCGACUCCCACAGCCCGCCAGAACCCAUUGCGAUUUGCGGUAUGGCCUGCCGUCUUCCAGGCGGAUUGAGCUCGCCGGAACAAGCCUGGCAAUUCAUCUGCAACAAGAUGGACGGCCGAAUCAAAGUACCUUCCUCGCGAUACAGCGUGGACUCCUAUUACAACCCAGGAAGCGCAAAGCCAGCCACUGUUUCGACUCAAUACGGCUACUUUCUGGACGAGUCAGUCGAUCUCGGAGCCCUAGACACAUCAUUCUUCACUCUGCCCAGAACAGAAGUAGAACGGGCGGACCCUCAGCAACGCCUGAUGCUCGAAGUCGCAAGAGAAUGUUUUGAAGAUGCUGGUGUGACAAAUUGGAGAGGAAAGACCAUCGGUUGUUACAUCGGCAACUUCGGCGAGGACUGGAUCGAAAUGUAUGCCAAGGAGAAUCAGCAGUGGGGAUUGCAUCGUAUCGUUGGAACAGGCGAUUUCGUCAUUUCGAAUCGCCUCUCUUACGAAUUCGACAUUAACGGACCGAGCAUGACCAUUCGCACUGGUUGCUCUGCUGCUCUUGUAGCGCUGAAUGAGGCUUGCGCUGCACUGGGCCGUGGUGACUGUGAGGCCGCCCUUGUUGGCGGGGUCAACCUUAUCAUGGGCCCCGGCAUGACUACGGCGAUGACUGAGCAAGGCAUUCUCUCCAAGGACGGGGCUAGCAAGAGUUUCUCCGCAGAGGCGAACGGAUACGCUCGCGGGGAGGCUGUCACAGCAAUUUAUGUCAAGCCACUAGCUGCUGCCCUCCGAGAUGGCAACCCCAUCCGAGCUAUCGUCAAGGCAACAUCGCACAACUCGGAUGGUCGAACGCCGGGCCUGUCGCAGCCAAGUACGGAUUCACAGGAAGCACUCAUGCGCAGGGCAUAUGCUCUGGCCGGCAUUAGCGACUUUGGAGAGACAGCCAUGGUAGAAUGUAAGUGCUCGCUGAGAAGCUAGAUCCAUGUUGUCAUCUGCAGGAAACUUGCUGACGUUUGACGUUCCUUUCCAGGCCACGGCACUGGUACCCAGAUUGGCGACCCGAUUGAAGCAAAAGCUGUAGCCCGUGUCUUUGGAGAGAAGGGUGUCUUCAUUGGCUCAGUGAAGCCCAAUCUGGGCCACACCGAGGCCGCUUCAGGUCUGGUAUCUCUGAUCAAGAUGGUAAAGGCGCUGGAGCAUCGCACAAUUCCCCCCAAUAUCAAGUUCGCCACACCAAAUCCCAACAUUCCUUUCGAGGAGGCCAAGAUGGUGGUCCCACUUGAGCCAACUCCAUGGCCAGAGGACAGACUGGAACGUAUCUCAUUGAACUCCUUCGGAGUUGGAGGAGCAAACGCGCAUGUCAUUCUGGAAUCAGCCGCUCACCACAACAUUUACCCAAGGGUUUCCGAACCCUCUGACGCUCCUCAACUUCUCCUGUUCUCUGCAAACACAAAGUCUUCGUUGGAACGGAUGAUCGCGCAGUAUAAGGACUGGGUAGACAAAAGUCCGGACGGCGUCACAGAUCUGGCAUACACUUUGGCUCGUCGGAGAGAGCAUCUGAGACACCGAGCUUUCGCUAUUUGUCAACAUGGCGCCUUCGAAUCGGUGUCAGCAGCAACAGACGCCAAGGCUGCAUCGACUGCAGCCAGCAACGUGGUCAUGGUCUUCACCGGUCAGGGCGCACAGUGGCCACAGAUGGGGCGUGACUUGUUGCAGUCUAACGAGGUGUUCCGCUCCACGAUUCGCUCACUGGAUCAAUACCUGGAAGGUAUCGCUAACUACUCGAUCGAGAAGGAGCUCAAGAAGCCUGCCAAAACGAGCAAACUGUCUUCGGCAGAGCUAUCUCAGCCUUUGUGUACUGCACUUCAGCUUGGACUAGUGGACGUUUUCAAAGCGGUUGGCAUCGUACCCUCUGCCGUGGUUGGACAUAGCAGUGGAGAGAUAGCUGGUGCCUAUGCAGCAGGAGCUCUGACUGCCCAGGAAGCUAUUACGGCUGCACAUUACCGUGGAGCCGUAACUAUACAGCAAACGAAACCUGGCUGCAUGGCUGCGAUCGGCAUGGGUUGGAACGAGACUGAGAAGUACCUCGUGCCAAACGUCCGCGUUGCUUGCGACAACUCUCCUCUGAGUGUCACCAUCUCUGGUGAUACUGAAAGUGUUGAAAAAGCUGUUGCCUCUAUACAGGAACAGAAGCCAGAUGUUAUGGCUCGCCUACUCAAGGUCGAUAAGGCGUAUCACAGUCAUCACAUGGCAGAGGUUGGCGAUGCUUACGUCUCGCUUAUGGGUGACAGUGUCCGUGGUGGCACUCCAUCGAUACCAUUCUUCUCCAGCGUCGAGGGAAAACUGGCCAAUGCGGGAACAACUUUUGGGCCUCAAUACUGGAGGACCAACUUGGAAUCGCCAGUCCGCUUUCGCGAGGCGGUCAGUGCCAUUUUGAGCGACGAGAAGUACAAGAAUGCCGUCUUCCUUGAAGUCGGACCACAUUCCGCCCUGGCCGGUCCACUGCGACAAAUCUUCAGCCACGCAUCCUCUCCCGCUCCAUACGUCUCAGCUAUGCUUCGUGCACAGGACUGCACGUCAUCAUUCCUCGCCGCAGUUGGGAAGCUCUUUUCUCUGAGAGUAUCUGUCGACCUCGAAGCUCUGUUCCCAGCUGGCAGUUGCUUGCCCGAUCUACCCAGAUACCCAUGGAACCACGAAGAAAGCUACUGGUAUGAGUCUCGGCUCUCAAAAGAAUGGCGUCUGCGAAAGUUCCCACUGCACGACCUCCUCGGCUUGAAAACAGCCGAGUCAUCCGAGCUCGAGCCAGUCUACAGGAACUUGCUUCACCUUUCCAACGUCCCGUGGGUUCGCGACCAUCGACUGGGCGAAGAUACAGUAUUCCCGUUUGCUGGUUAUCUGGCCAUUGCCGGAGAGGCCGCCAGGCAGAUCACAGGCAUCGAAAACGGCUAUAGUGUCCGGAACAUUAUCGUCAGCACCGCGCUUGUUGUGACCGAGGGCAAGCCCACCGAAAUGAUAUCCACAUUCAAGCCACAUCGCCUGACUAGCUCCCUGAACAGCUCCUGGUGGGAGUUUACCGUGUCCUCAUAUAACGGCCACGCGUGGGUCAAGCAUUGCGUGGGAGAGGUAUCGGCUAUGGCUGGGCAGCCUUCCCCUGCGGCAGAGGUCCCGUCGCUGCCCCGCAAGAUCAAUGCUAAGAAGUACUACGAGACGAUGCAGAAAGGUGGUCUGGACCUUGGGCCAUCGUUCCAGACCAUCGAGGCCAUCGAAACUUCCACUGGUCACGAGAACAGAGCAGUCGGGAAGGUUUCGAAUGGAAAGCAAGGUGACGAGGCCAACUACCAUAUACAUCCCGUCACCCUCGAUGCCACUAUUCAGAUCAUGGGAGCUGGCGCCACCAAUGGGUCUCUCCGCAAGACCCGCACAUGGCUGCCAACCAGCAUUGAUUCCUUCACCGUCUGGCGCUGCGCUGCUGCCAUGCAAAAUAACAUCACGGCCACGCUUUCCAGCAACCAAUCCGUUGUCGGCAGUGGGAUUUGCGUCUCGGAGGGCAAGGCUGUCGUGGAAGCGACUGGCGUCAAGCUCGCGCUUGCGGAUGGCACGCUGGGUGCUGCCGGUUUCGGCGAUACUCACGCGGCUGCACGUUACGAGUGGGCGCCUGAUGUUGCUUUCAAAGACUUUUCGGACUUCAGUUCCCCACGAAGCGAUAACACUGACGUCCUUUCGCGCCUGGACGAGCUUGGACAGCUGUGCUUGCUUCUUUCCAAGAGACGCAUUGCAAAUCUGGACACCCCAAUUGGCCAGCCACAUCUGGAGAAGUAUGCUUCUUGGAUCUCGUCUCAAGCUCACUCAGUUGUGGUGUCUCUCGCACCAAACUACAAGAGCUUGGACAAUGAGACCAUCGUCGCCAGGAUCGAUUCUCUUGUUGCACAACUUGCUGGGACCAAGGCGGGCCCCGUGGCGAGAGCCAUCCAGCAGAUAUGCAGCAACACAGAAAUCCUGCUUUCGAACGCUACCCUCAGAGAUUUGCUGUCCGAAGAGGAUUUGGCCGGUGUGCAGAAGUUUGUUCAACAAUCUCAUCCAACGGAGUUUAUUCGCUGUCUGAGCCAUUCGAAGCCAAACCUUCGAGUGAUGGAGCUCAGCACUGGUGGAACGCCAAAGCCCUCUGAGGAGAUCGUCGAAGCAAUCAAACAUGUCAAUGGCCAAGUCUUGUGCUCGAACUACACUGUCACGUCCACAAGUUUCAUCACCGCCAAGGACCAAGAGAAGAGCUUCCCCAACCUCGAAGUCAAGACGCUGGAUAUCCGUGACGACCCGGAACAACAGGGCUUCGAUGGCGCACAAUUCGAUCUUAUAGUCGCCUCUAAUGCGCUUCGGGCCAGCACCAAUGUGCAGCAGAGCCUCGGGUACCUCAAGAAGUUGCUGAAGGCGGAUGGCUACCUGCUCCUGCAGGAACAUUGCUCAUCUGCUCGAUGGGUCACUUACGUCUUUGGCUUGCAGCCGGAAUGGUGGUCUGAGACGCCGGAGGCCAAUGGAGAGGGGACUCCGCUCAAUGCGGCUGACUGGAAGACACAGCUGGCUGCCGCCGGCUUGGGCAGGAUCUCGAGCAGUUCUGACGAUUCCCCAUCCAGCGAUCCACUGACAGUGACUUUGGUUGCCAGGCAUGCUUCAAUUGAAUUCCAGAAGAUCCCAAAGCUCACUGUGCUUUGCGACGAGAAGGCUGGGCACAACACUGAGGUCAUCAUCUCCCACCUUGAGAAGACUGGCCACCAGGUAACCAGAUGUUCACUGGAGGACCAGGUCCCUGCUGGACAGAAUGUCUUGUCUCUGUUGGACGCAGACAAAGCCUUCUUUGCAGACAUGACAGAAGCCCGGUACCUGGCAUUGAAGACCUUUCUCACAGGUGUCAAGGAGGCGGGCGUCCUUUGGGUCACGAAAUCUUGCGAAGUGGGAUGUAUAGGUCCUCAAUAUGCCCUCAUCAUCGGUCUGGCUCGUGUCCUCCGCUCUGAACAAAUGGUCAACAUGGCAACCAUCCAGAUCGACGAUCUCCAGCAGCAAAGUAGUCUGAAACAACUCUCUCGGGUGAUUGCCACUUUCCAAGACCAGAGUGGCGAUGAUGAACUCAACCCCGACUUCGAAUGGGCUAUCCAAGAUGGAGAGGUACUUGUGGGACGGUUUCAGCCGUUCACCUUGCUCGACCAGCUGCUCGAGGACGAGCCGAGCUCCUGGGCCAAACUUGAUGUCGCGACGCCCGGUCGUAUCAAUAGCUUGCAUUGGGUGCAGCAGCCUCGCGAGGAAUUGGCUCCCGGCGAGGUGGAAGUGCAGGUGCAUGCUGCAGGCCUCAACUUCAGAGUAAGCACCACGUCAUUAAUUUGGAGCAUUCUUCAUCAUACUGACCAUGUUCACAGGACAUUUUAGUCGCCCUUGGCAUUGUUGAGCUUCCAAUCCGACAGUUCGGCCUUGAAGCAGGCGGUAUCAUCACCAGAGUCGCAUCGGACGUCGACCCCAACGAGCUCAAGGUCGGCGACAGAGUCUUCUGCCUCAAGAAGCAGGCAUAUUCGACAUACCUGACGACACCAACGACAUUCUGUGUCCGCAUUCCGGAUCAUCUGAGCUUCGAGGAUGCUGGGUCCAUGCUGAUGCCCUACGUUACAGCUCUGCACUCAUUGGUCAAUGUCGCUCACUUGGAAAAGGGGCAAUCCGUCCUGAUUCACAGUGCUUGCGGUGGUGUUGGACUCGCUGCUGUCCAAGUCUGUCAGAUGAUCGGCGCUGAGCUCUACGUUACCGUCGGAAAUGAGGAGAAGGUCAACUUCCUCAUGGAUAACUUCAAGAUUCCAAGGAACCGCAUUUUCGAUUCUCGCAGCGCAUCUUUCGUGGAUGGCGUCAAGCGUGAGACGGAUGGCAAAGGCAUCGAUGUCAUCCUGAACUCACUCUCCGGUGAGCUGCUACACGCAACGUGGACCUGUGUCGCUGAGUUCGGCACUCUUGUUGAGAUUGGAAAGCGAGAUCUCAUCGGUCAUGGCAAGCUUGAUAUGAACCCUUUCCUGGCGAAUCGCAGCUAUUCUUGCGUUGACAUUGAUCAACUGUGGAAGAAGCCCCAGCUCCUGCGCAGGUUGAUCCUCAAUACUCUGGACUACUACGUGCAAGGACUCACUACGCCCGUUCGGCCCAACAAGGUUUUCCCGGCCUCGCAGACUCAAGAUGCAUUCCGAUACAUGCAGAAGGGCCAGCACAUUGGCCGUGUGUGCAUCUCAAUCCCGCACAAACCUUGGCCUUCUCGCGAGACCGCAGAGAUGGAAACUUCUCGGACAACUGGCACCAUUGCCUUCGGAAGCCAGGCAUCUUACCUCAUGGUUGGCGGACUGGGUGGACUUGGUCGUGCGAUUGCUGCCUGGAUGGCCGAACAUGGCGCCGGAGAGAUGAUCUUCCUCUCACGAAGCGCUGGUACCACCAACAAGAACGACGAUUUCGUCGCGGAGCUGGAAAGCAUGAACUGCGGUGUCAAACUUGUUGCAGGGGACGUCACCCAGGCACAAGACGUGCAAAGGGCGCUCGCGACUGCAUCCUACCCGGUCAAAGGUGUGGUACAAAUGUCCAUGGUCCUCCGAGAUCAGAAUUUCAGCAAGAUGAACUUUGAAGACUGGAAUGCUGUCGUGGCGCCCAAGGUACAGGGUACCUGGGCGCUCCAUGAAGCCACCCAGAGCGUCGAAGCGGACCUGGACUUCUUUGUGCUCUUCAGCUCCCUCUCUGGCGUUAUCGGACAGCCGGGACAGGCGAACUAUGCUGCUGCCAAUACCUUCCUGGACGCUUUCGCACAGUGGCGCAACCAGCAAUCCCUGCCAGCAUCUGUCAUCGACAUUGGUGCUGUCGAGGAGGUCGGCUAUAUCUCUGAACAGCAAGGCAUGAUCGGCUCCAUGAAGGCGACCGGAUUCAAGGGUAUCUCGGAGCAGGAGCUUCUCGAUGCCAUGACCGUCGCGAUGCUGCGACAGCCUGGCGGUGGCUCUCCCCCCAAGAUCUCCGCGAGCAAUGCCGGGAAGUUCAGCAGUCCCACCGCCUUCGUCCUCGGCCUCGGCUCCUCCAUCCCCUUGACCAGCUCCAGCAACCGCGCCGUGUGGAAACGCGAUCGUCGCAUGGCCGCAUACCACAACGUGCAACAAGACGGAGCAUCCGCAUCUUCCUCCGCCGAGACGCUCAAAUCCUACCUCGCGCAGGUCAAAUCCGACGCCUCCCUCCUCAAGACCGCCGAGGCCGCGAACCUCCUCGCCGUCGAAAUCGGCAAGAAACUCUUCGACAUGCUGCUCAAGCCGUACGAUGAGAUGAACACGUCGCUGCCUCUGACGGACCUGGGUUUGGAUUCGCUCGUGGCUCUCGAGUUAAGGGCGUGGUGGAAGCAGGUGUUUGGGUUUGAUAUUACGGUGCUGGAGAUGUUGGGGAUGGGUUCGUUGGUGGCGCUGGGGCAGCAUGCGGCUGAUAGUUUGUUCAAGUUGAUGGCGGAGACUGCCGGGGCGGCGUCGGCGUCGGCGUCGGCUUAG